AUGUUAUGUUAUGUAAUGUAAUGUCAUGUAAGAAAGAAUAUGUAUUGUUUUGUAUUGUACACACAUAUAUAAGAUGAUCUUGAUCAGGAGGAGGAGUCAGGACCUGAAUUUUCAUCUCCCUCUCCUCUUUCUAUAUCUCAAAACCCUAAUUACAGCUUGCCCUAUAUCUUUUCUCUUCUGGGCUUUGUUUGGACAAUAAAGAUCAGAUGUAGAUUUAGUGGCCAUUCUCUCUUUGUGGUGUAAAAGGAGGUAAAUUAGAGAAGGAAACAAUGGAGACUAAUCUAUGUGAUGUGAAUCAUUUGGAUUCUGAUGUUCUUUUGCCUCCUCGUAAGCGCCUACUUGCAGGCCUCAAAAAACAGAGUUCAGAUGUUGAUGCUUCUUUGCAGCUGUCUCUAGCUGCUUCCUCCUCUUCUUCAUCACCCGCCUUGGCUCCCAAACCCGGCUCUCCUGCAUUUCCUUCAUCACCUACCUCGGACCAAUUCAACAUUCGUCUGAGCAAUCUGUUGAGCUCUCAUAAUAAUGCUAAUCUAUCUCCUGAUGAAAUAGUAGAUGCUUCAAAAUCAGCAGCGGCUUCUGCAGUUAAGGCAGCAGAGGCUGCUAGAGCUGCAGCCGAAGAAAAGGCUGCAAUAGCAGCAAAGGCGGUGGCUGCUGCAAAGGCAGCAUUGGAUUUGAUUGCUUCUUUUUCUGAAGAAGCUGUCAACAAGGAAAGAUAUCUGAAAAAGAACAAGUCAAAAAAGCAUGUACCGGUUCAGCUAUUGUACAAAAAAUACCAACCUAUUCAGAAUUGUAAGAAGGAUGAGGAAUUGGCGCGUAAUUUGCAUAGAGCUAUAAACAGCUCACCAAGAAUAUCAAAGAACUCUCCUAGUCCCGAAUACAAGGGUCAUAAACACAAGAAACUUAAAGCCUUAUCGAGUUCUGAUAAAACUAGAGAUUCAAAUGACAAAUACUACACAUCUAGUUGUAAUGGACAACGAGAAAUUGCAGGCGAGGUUGAUUUUGAAGGUCCUGGCAGAGUGUUAUGCGAAAGUAAAGCAGAUGACAAGGUAUGUACAUAUGAUAAAGCUGGACAAUCAGUAGAUAUUGGAGAAGCAGAAAUAGGUCAGCCAAAGGAGAAAAUUUUAGAUGAUAUUUGUGGUGGUAGUGGUAAAAAGAGAGGAAGAGUGAAGCUAAAGAAGUUGCCUUUAAGCAUGUGCAACUUCAGGGAGCAAGCUACUACUCCCAAAGGCGAGGUGGAUAUACGAAACACGCCCUUGACUGAUAUGAACAUGGGAAAUCCUAAAGCUGGUAAUAUGUCUUUGUUUACUACUACUGUAGAGUCUUCUGGUGAGGGAGUGAUGCCAAUUGAGGCGAAAUCAGUUUGGAAAUGUCAGGGGUUCAAGGCACCUGAAUGUGUCAAACAAAAUAAAGUGGUGCAGUCAUAAUAAUUAUAUGUCCAACUCCUCCAAACCCCAUUGUUGUGACAUAAUAUGGAUUCCAAUCCAAGAUAGAAGUUUGAUAGCUGAGGUAGGAUUCAUAAUCAUAAUGAUGCUCUUCUUACAGAAAAAGAAAAGAAAAAAAAAGAACGGCUUUCGUUUGAUCUUUUUUGUUUAAAACUUGUCUUUUGUAAUGGGACAUGAACUGACCAAGUGUAAAUUUAGAUGUUAAAUUGCUUUGUAUCCAUGUUUUUACAAUACAGGAUUUGCCUUUUGUUCAUUUGACGGCAGAUCAUCAAGUUGAGAUUAUAGGGGUUGCAAUAAAUGUGUAAGGUUGGUUGCUUAGUAGAGUCAAGAGUGUACUUCAUUGUGCCUUUUUUUUCUUCUUCUUCUUCUUCUUUUUCUUAUUAUUAUUAUGUAGAUACAGACAACACAGUCAAUGUCUUUGCUACUUUUUUGUUAUUUAAUGGCAAGUUAAAUUCAUUAUGUUUUAAACUACAA